AACACAAUAUUUAUUUACUAUAUGUAUAAUGGAUGGUGGCUUACAGGAUAUAACUAUAAUCUAGCAUGGGUCUGUUGAGCAAUAUCUUGUGAAUCUUAUGAGCUGGGAAUUGUGUACAAAUUCGAUUAGAGAUUUCAGAUUUUACUCGAGCGGCUUGAGAUUAGUUGCAUUGGGGGCUUACGUGAUCUGUUUGCGGAUGCUGAUACCGAUUGGCAGGUGUUGAGAAUGUGUUCGAUGUCAAAGUAACGGGCGCCAGUAAGCUUUGUGGGACUUUUGACCCUAGAGUCGUGACGCUUUGGUAUCUACUGUCCUUUGGGGCUGGGCUCGACAGUUGGCUGCGCUUUCAAACCUUGGGACGCAGCUUACUUCCGAUAGUGAAGGAAGGAGUUUCUAUCCGGCCUUAAGCCAUACUUUUAUCGAUGACUCAGCAGAGUGCUGCAGCAGGCGGCUUUUGCCCAGAGCCCUGGUAUCCCUGGCAACUCUGGAAAAUGACAACAAAUGCAAAAUGCAGGGAAUAACGUGCUACUCGGUAUCCGGACGAAGUAGCUUUAUAAAGAGGCAAAACCUGUCAGGGGUGCCACAGUCGAAGAACGGAGCUCAAGGCAUCUGACAGCUGACAAGUCCCGACCCCAAAGAGUAUAUCUGAGUCUCUGAAGAGAGAAGAUCCAACAGUUUGCGGUUUGUCCAAGAGUCGAAAAAUGUUCCAAGCGACUGAGCUGCGGUCCUGUCUGCUGCUCCAGAUGCUGCUGGAGGCGAAUGUCUACGUGUCCGCAUUUUGGGCCGUGAACUAUCUGCUCUACAUAGUCGUACACAUGGACCAGCCAUGGAGCUUCGAUACCUUGGUCCUGUUACUGGCAUAUGUGCUGGCCGUGGGCUCGGAGAUAGUGCGUCUGAAUGCCACCUUUGCGGUGAAUCUACGCCCAGAGAACGCCUCGAUGUGGCUGCUCUUAACAGUGACGCCGUGUGUCCUGUUCCCGUCCAUGGUCUACCUCCGCCUAUCGUUGGGAGAUGACGCCCGCCUCUGGCCUCACAGCAUCUCGUAUGCGGUGCUGGCUCUGAUCGGCCUGGAGGUGAUUGCGAUCCUGGUACACAACAUAAGCAAAGAGCUGGAUGAGCCAAAUCGGCAACUGGCGGAUGUUAGCACGCAUCAGAGCCCUGCCCCUCAGAAUGAGAAUCAGAGGACGCCUCGCAUGGACUAAAGCUCUGAGGUUUAUUGUG